AUGCUGAUGAUCCUGGCCCGAUUGGUUCGCUCAGAAAGCUUCUGGGCGGCCGUUAAGGACUGGACCGAGUACGUGGACGGCAAUGGGCGCCCCUACUAUUACAACUCGGGCAUGAUGCUGGCCGAGCUCAACGCUUCGCGCGCACGCGAGCAGAGUGAGCGGGAGAGUCAGGCCAGGUUCUUGGGCUUCAUGGGCGUCCCCAAGUGA